AUAAAUUCAAAUUAAAAAAACUAUUCUGCAAGAAUACUAUCAGAUCAAAUUUUUUCUCUAAUGAUAUAGUCAACAUAUGGAAUAAUCUACCGAGUGAAGCAUAUGAAUGAUGAAAUUGUUUAUACAAAAGAUUGGUUCUUCAAUUUUUAUGUUAAAUAUGUUAUUUCCUUGUUAACUGUUGUCUUUCAUUAAUAAAGCAAAAAUAAAAAUACACAUAAUGACAACAGAUUUAUCUUUAGAAAUGUUCGCAUAAUUUUUGGUUUGGAUACAAAAGACCAAGUGAAAAUGAUACUGGAAAGAUUGUUUACCGUUUAACUCCUGUCCCAAUCUAACCUAGUGGGUUCAAAAAGAAGGGAACCCGCUGGAAACAUGAGUUGAUUAAAAGAAUCAGCCUUUUUUGAAUUAAUAGUCGGUAAUUCUAAUGUGCUCCACUCAGCUAAUCAAGUUUCGUUUGCUUUUUUUAAUUACAUUUAAGCAAUAAAACACUGUAUGUACUUUUUUUUUGGCGGAUUUAAAGAUGGCGGACAUGCCUUUGAAAUAAAAAACAAUAACAAACAUUAUAUUAAUAAAAUAUUAUAUAUAUGUCUUGUUAUCAACGAAAAAACAACAGAGUUUGAAGAACUAGUGAAUAUAACUUUAAAUUUUUCAAGAAAAUGGUAAAUGCUCAAGAGUUUAAUGCCUACAAGGCUCAACAGGAACAAAUUAUUGGAGAUCUGAAACUACAAAUUGAAAAAUUAAUAACUGAUAAUAUGAAUUAAACAAAAAGAGUAGAUGAUUUAGAAAUGAAUAAAUCAAGUACCAGUCAUAUAAAUAACUAUGUAACGUGGGCAAACAUGGUAAAAAAGUCACCGGAACAAAUGCUUAUGAUAAACUCCGUUACUAGUGAGAAAAAAGAACGAGAAAGAAGAGAAAACAAUGUAGUUUUUUUCGGAAUUAAACCAUCGGAAAACGAAGAAAAGAGUAAAGAGAAAGAAGAAAAUAGACGAGCUAUAAUUAAUGUUUUUAAAAAAUUGCAAGUAACCGUUAAUGUUCAAAAUUUUAUGAAACUAAAACCAAGAAACACUAAUAAUCAAGCCCCAUUUGUUGUCAUAGUGAAAAAUAAAAGAGAAAGGAACUCUAUCUUAAAAAAAGCCAAAGAGUUACGAGUUUCGAAAGAAUACGAGAAUGUCUAUAUAAAUCUCGAUUUAACGGAAAGUGAAAGGUUUAAAUCAAAGUUUUUAAGAGAAGAAUGCAGAAAGAAAAACAAAGAGAACAUCGAAAACGAGUUCUACUAUGGAAUUCGAAAUGAAAAAGUAACAAAAAUCAAAAAGUUAGUUGUACAACUUAAAAAGAUUUCAUAUGAAAAAAGACUGAAAGCAAUGGGUUUAACAACAUUAGAGAAAAGACGAGCUAGAGGAGAUCUUAUACAACAAUACAGAUUCAAGCAAAAUAUAGACCAAAUAAAUUGGUACAAAAAUCCAAAACCGGCAUCAUCCGUGACUAGUUCAGGCCCGGCUUUUUCUGUAAGGGGCAAUAAAUACAGGCUAGAAAGAAAAUAAUUUCUUUACCAAUCGAGUUUGUAAAAAUUGGAAUUUGUUACCAAAUGAAAUCAUUGAAGCAACAUCGUUGAAUGUUUUCAAAGCGCGAAUAGAUAAACAUUUUUCAUAACUUGUGUUUUUUAAUUUGUGUGGGCUGUCUAUAACCCGAUGCUUGCAUCGCGUUCCACAAUUUAUUUUAUUUUUUAAAUAUUUAUAUUUAAACAAAUUUGUAAUUGUUACAGCAAUAAAUAUUACUACUACUAAUACUAUUACUAAUAGGCUGUUUUUUAUGUUCACUCGUUCUUUAGAAGUGGUAACCAGCUAGAAGUCGUAAUCUGCUCGUAUGAAAGGAUUUCUCGACGUGAAAUUGUUAAUUUUAUUCAACAACGCCAAGAAACAGAGCUCGCUUAAGAAACAGAAAAGAAAGAGAAAGAUGAAAAAAGAUUCUG